AGAGUGGAAAUGAUGUUCUCACCAUGACUCCUCCCUCAAGAGAGCCGCUAACCUCAGGGUUGAUGCCUGCCAUUCCUGUAGCCUGUGUAUAUGUGUUCAGCACAGUGUUAUUUAGUAUCUUAAUUUACAUAAAGUGCUGACUGUAACUCAGCAUUAGCUUACAUGUGUGUUUUAUGUGGGAUGUGUGCAAACAGAGGCUAGAGGCUGACAGAUGUCUUCCUCUUUCCAUGUCUUUCUGACAUGGGGUUGCUCUCUCACUGAUUUAAUAAGGAGGGUGUGUGUUUAGUUCCAUCUCAGCAAGAGGCAACUGGGGCAGACAGGCCUGGGAUCCCUGGUCUCUGCCUCCCUGGCACUGGGAUCACAGGCCCGGCUUUUUAUGUGGCUACCGGGAUCUAAAUUUGGGUCUUCAUGCUUAUGCAGCAGGUACUUUUCCAACUGGGCCAUCUUCCCUAGGCCCAGCAUUAGAUUCUGCAUAAAUGCAUUUUUUAUUUCCUCAAAUGUUGCAUUCUCUAGUCAACCAUUCAUAAUUUAUUAUUUUCCUGACAAAAAGCAGGUACAUGUUUCUGCUGUUGAGAACUUUGUGGGCAACCCGGCCAAGUCUGGUCCACAGAGAAAUGAUACACAGAGAAACUGUCUGCAUGAGGCAAGAAGGAAUCGGGUUCAGCACGACUCAGCAGCCAGGACUGGUUCAAACUUCGAGAGUCCUGACAGGGACAGUUUGUUCUUUAGGCAUUUAAGUACAGUGCAAUUUUGGAAAAACAAAAAAAAACCCAAACUUUGAUGGUGACAACUAUCAUAAUCCCAUAUGCACAAUAAAGCUUAAGGCACCUUAAAGGCCUGGGGGAGGAGCAGGUGUAGACUUGGUCAUACAGAUAUUGUAGGUCACUAUGUUACAAAGUACAUGUGACAUCUCCCCUAAGAUUACGUUCUAUUGACUGAGAAACAAAGCUAAAGGUCUAGGGAGGGAAAGUCUGGGAUACACAUAACAAUCUGGGGAAUUUGGAUGUGGCCUGGCCCUACAGGUAGCAAAGGUCACCAGGCUAUCAACUCUAUCCUCUCCCAGACUUCUGGGUGAAAAUGGGUGUACAUCCCUUCUGUUGAAAAGACAAGCAUGUGUGCUUUACAUCCCUGGUUCCCUUGGUGCUUAUCUGUGAGCAAAAAGACCUCAUGCCCUCUACAGAGUAAUCAACAUAUCUGAAUGCAUCUAGAGUACAUGUUCUUAGAGUUUUCUUUUUUUCUUGAUUCAAACUAGAUAAUGGACAAGUGUCUUUGCUAGAAAUGGAAUUGCGAGGUUGGAAAGUCUGUGGUUCCUUUACAUUAGAUAAUGUUAAAUUUCGAUGUAGCCCCACUCACAAGCCUGAAUUCCUAGUUUACUGCAGCCAUAUCAACACAGUAUCACUAGACUUCGAAACUGUAGAUGUUUACCUGUGAAGUGAUUGGAUGCUGUAAUAUGUGGUUCAGUGGGUACUGGGGAGGGGAGAUAACCACACUUUUUUGUUAUUCAGUUUGGUUUUCUUUUUAGAGCUUUUAAUCCUUUUCUUUGUUUCUGAUUGCUUUACACUCUCUUUUUGAAGAUGUGUUUUUGUUCAUGUGUGUGUGAGAAUAUAUGCUCACAUGUGUGGAUGUGCCUCAGGAGGCCAAAAGAAGAUGUUAGACCCUUUGAGGCUGUAGUUACAGGCCUUCAUGAGCUGUGCAACACAGUUGCUGAGAUUCAACCCCUGGUCCUCAGGAUACAGCAGCAAGCAUCUUUAGCCCCUAGAUGCUACUUUUUGUCAGUUACAGUGCAAAUAUCUCCACAGGUAGGACAUGGCAUAUCUGUAAUAAGCCAGGUUUCUGCAUAAAGAUUGGACCUGAAAAUUUUCAAAACCGUUCCCAAAUCUACUCUUGCUAGGGUUUCUUUCUCCUCACACAUUUUACUAUGAGCAAGAAGAAAACAGGUGGCAACUUUAGCAAGAGUACCUAGUUCCUUGAUGUGCUGGCUAGUUUUAUGUCAGCUGACACAAACUAGAGUCAUCGGAAAGGAGAGAACCUCAGAUGAGAAAAUGCCUCCAUAAUAUGGGCUGUAGGCAAGCCCUUAGGGCAUUUUCUUAAUUAGUGAUUGAUGCUGGAGGGCCCAGUGCUGUCAAACAAUCCUGUACCUGUGAAUAUGCCAUUAUUCUCAUUGGUUAAUAAAAAGCUGACAGGCCGGUAGCCAUGCAAGAGGUAUAGGCGAGACAGCUAUUAACAGAGGACUCUAGGAAGAAGGUGGAGUCAUAGGAGACACCAGCCAGCCACCGAGGGAGCAGGACCUGCCUGUAGAAAAUGAGAUAAUAAGCCAUGAGCCACAUGGCAGAGGGUAAAUAAGAAAUAUGGGCUAAUUUAAGGGUAAGAGUAACAAGCCUGAGCUUGGGACUGGGCUGUCAGGACAGUCUAUAGCCCAGCCCUUUAUAGGUGGCGCCAUCCCUGGCUGGUAGUCCGGGGUUCUACAAGAAAGCAGGCUGAGCAAACCAUGAGGAACAAGCCAGUAAACAGCACCCCUCCAUGGCCUCUGCAUCUGCUCCUGCCUCCAGGUUCCUGCCCUGUUUUGAGUUCCUGUCCUGACUUCCUUCACUGAUGGACUAUGAUAUGGAAGUGUAAACCAAAUAAACCAUUUCCUCCCCAAUUUGCUUUUGGCCAUGAUGUUUAAUCACAGCGAUUGUAAACCCAGCUAAGACACUCGGGAACAGUAUUCUCUCUGCAGUACUGCAAAGAACAGUGCCAUUGCCAUCCCACCUACAUGACAAAGGAGCCUUUACCUCUAGUCUCCGAUAACAUUCUCACUUCUCUUGCAAGUUGCUGCUUCAUCUCUCUGUCAGGAACAUAUUUCUGCUUUGAGGGAAGCAUUUUGGCCCCACCCAGUGAUUGCUGGGGACAGGUCCUGAUGUGGUUGUGGGUCCCUGAACCAGGGAACGCCCCUCUAGAAACUUGAUCCCAGGACUUACCAGACCUGAGAUGUGCAUUAUUUAUCAACACAGAAGAGCCAUGACUUGCAUGUGUAGCUAAGGAAUGGCUCCCUGUGACUAACUGCUUGCUAUCAUGCACGGAUGGGCGUUUGCUUCGUAACAAAGAACUAGGACUUAGGGAAACAAAGGGUACUUGAGCUUAGUGGCAUACAGGCCAUAAAAGUAGACAAAUCAGAGGUAGCGAGUGAUGGCUUCUACUGGAGGGCAGGGCUAAGAGAGGAUGGCAGUAGUGGAUGGAGAAAUGGCUCAGAGGUCACCUAGGUCAUCUGGCCUCCUAGGGCACUAGGCACACAUAAGGUGCACAGAAAUACAGGCAGGCAAAACACACACAUACAUAAAAUAAUAAAAAUAAAGAUUCCUUUUUUUUUCUUAUGGUAGAGGGAUGGGAACACCCAAACAAAAUGAAUUCCCAAGUUUCUUGUAACAUUUGGCUAUUUGAUUAUAGGCAACUCUGCUAUUCAUAAGAAUGCUCCGGUCUUACCAAGGUGACUUUACAAAUUCAGUCUCUCUGAUAUUGGGGACACUAGAGGAAUCGAGGGGGCUUCAGGUUGGUGAUUUGCUAACGUAGGCUUUGGAUUCAAACAACUCAACAGAGGAAGGCAAAGGCUCCUCAGCCUGUGGCCCCGGGCAGGUGACUUCCCUCCAAGGUCUGUCACCAGUAAAAUGUGAGUUAAUUAGGAGAUGUCAUUUGGCUUGUGUUGAUAAAUAGGAAUCAGCAAAAUUAACAGCACACAGAUGUUUAAAUGAUUAGCUUUUUCUUGGGGGUUUUGAACCGAAGUUCUGCCCUUCAGAGAGUUUUAAAAUGAGCAAAUGCAGACUAAGGAGACAACGAUGCCUUUCUAUUACAGUAGGGCUUUAACGCCCUGGACCACAGAGGUGUGAAGCCGCCUCAAAUUGUGAGUGAGAAGCGGUUUUAAUCCUGACGGUGCAGGAGGCGGCUGUCACUGCUUGAGUUCCUGGCCACGGGUGGGGCGACGUAGGUCAGGCUCCGCCUUCAGUGCUAGCACCGCCCCGAUGCCUCCCCCUUCACUUUCCGGACCCGUAAAGGCUCGGUGGUGGGGUGGUGGCCUCAGGAGUCCGAGCCAUGGGUAACCGAGCCACCGGAGCUGCGGGCCAUGGGGCACACCUGGCACUGGCUCUGCUGCUGCUGCCGGGGCCCUGGCUGUCGACUGGCGUCCCCGGAGCUCCGCCACUCUUCAACGUCAGUAUGGACGCGGCCCCGGAGCAGCGCUGGCUGCCGAUGCUGCAGCACUACGACCCGGACUUUGUGCGCGCCGCGGUGGCGGAGGUCAUCGGCGACAGGGUCCCCCAGUGGGUACUGGAGAUGAUCGGAGAGGUGGUGUCGAAGGUGGAGAGCUUCCUGCCCCAGCCCUUCACUGAUGAGAUCCGCGGCAUGUGCAACUUCCUCAACCUCAGCCUGGCCGACGGUAUCUUGGUCAAUCUGGCCUAUGAGGCCUCCGCAUUCUGCACCAGUAUUGUGGCCCAAGAUUCCCAAGGCCACAUUUACCACGGCAGGAACCUUGACUACCCCUUUGGAAAUGUCUUGCGAAAGAUGACGGUGGAUGUGCAGUUUCUAAAGAAUGGACAGGUUGCAUUCACGGGGACUACUUUUGUGGGCUAUGUAGGAUUAUGGACAGGUCAAAGUCCACACAAGUUUACAGUUUCUGGUGAUGAACGAGAUAAAGGCUGGUGGUGGGAGAAUGUGAUCGCUGCGAUUUCUCUGGGACACUCCCCAAUCAGCUGGCUCAUCCGAAAAACCCUGAGUGACUCAGAAAACUUUGAAGCCGCUGUUUACACUCUGGCCAAGACUCCCCUCAUUGCUGAUGUUUACUACAUUGUUGGGGGUACCUCGCCCCGUGAGGGGGUAGUCAUCACCCGGAACAGAGGUGGCCCAGCGGACAUUUGGCCUCUUGACCCGUUGAAUGGAGCGUGGUUCCGAGUUGAGACAAAUUAUGAUCAUUGGAAGCCUGUACCCAAGAGGGAUGACCGAAGAACACCAGCCAUCAAAGCCCUAAAUGCCACAGGGCAAGCACACAUUAGCCUGGAGGCCCUCUUCCAGGUUUUAUCUGUGUUUCCUGUUUAUAACAACUGCACAAUCUAUACCACAGUGAUGAGUGCUGCCGAGCCUGACAAGUACAUGACUAGGGUGCGGAACCCAAGCUGAAGGUGAUGAUUGUCCAAGAGUUGCAUUUAAAAGACUAAGACGGAGUGAAAGUGCACUGUUUGAUGAGUAGUGUGGGCUCCUCCUCAUUCAGCUUGUCUGCCUUGUGGGGCAUCUCUGGGCUCAUGUCUCUCUGGGGGGAGCUGGGGAGUAGCCCAUUGUCUUGCAUCUUCCCCAUUCCUGGUCCUCUUGAUCAUCCUUAACAAACCACCCUGGCUGGAACAACGCAGAUAACCUGUGUCCAAGAUCAGGCUCUAUCUGGCCGGUCUCAGUUUCUCAUAAUUCUCUCUUGCUACUUCUGCCUUUCUAUUGAAGAAGUGAAGGGGCACAACGAUUGUCUUGUGGACAAGCCUGGGAUAAGUUUUCUCUAAGUCUGGGCUGCAGCCUAUGGCAGAAUUUGCCUAGCAAGUGUGAAGCCCUGGCUUCUGUCCACAGCACCACAGAAUAAAGAAAUACAUAAGUCUUCUCUGAAAUGUGCAGAACUGUAGUUUGAGUAGAAUUUGUUUGAAGGUAUGCGUAUUUCCGUAUAGUGGCACUCACUUUUUAUAAAAUCCUAACAUAUUUUUUUAAUGUGGACCUUAUUUUAAAAAAAAACCAACUACUUUCUUACUACUUUUGAAAAUUAUAUGAAACCAAAUAAUUUCCUGUCAUUGUUUAUCAUUUGUUAAUAAAAUGUCAAAAGAUGUCAGGGAGAAUAAAAACUUGGAAGACAUUGA